UAUUGAAUGAUCUCAGCUUGUGUUUAUAAACUGAAUGUGAAGAAUUUGUCAUCAGAACUAUUAAAGUACAACCCAUGAUACGAGACAAACUGACAAGCUACACUAAAACUAAGGGCACACGAUACAUAAGAACAACAUUUGAGCGCGGCUAGAGCGAAUCAGAAUGACUGACAAAAACCCUGGUGGAAGACGUCUUAGGCAGUGGCUGAUUGAGCAGAUCCAAAGCAAUUUGUACCCCGGACUCUUGUGGGAAAAUGAAGAGAAAACCAUGUUCCGAAUUCCGUGGAAACAUGCCGGAAAACAGGACUACAACCAAGAAAUCGACGCUUCCAUCUUUAAAGCCUGGGCUGUCUUUAAAGGCAAAUUUAAGGAGGGAGAUAAAGCUGAGCCUGCGACGUGGAAGACGAGGCUUCGCUGUGCUUUGAACAAGAGCCCCGACUUUGAAGAAGUCUCGGAGAGGUCACAGCUGGACAUAUCCGAGCCUUACAAGGUGUACAGGAUCGUCCCGGAGGAAGAGCAGAAAUGUAAAGCUGCAGCCAUGAAUGGGAGCAGCUGCAGUGAUGUCACAGACAUGGAGUGCAGUCCAUCGGAACUGGAUGAGCUCAUAAAAGAGUCAUCAGUCGACGAGUACCUUGGCAUAAUCAAGAGGAGUCACUCCCCUCCACAGGAGACCUGCCGGAGUCAACCACAGCAGGAGUGGUGGCUACCACCAAACAUGAGCUCACUGCCAGUGAUGCAAGAACAUCCAGCAUCUGGGAAUUUCAAUGCAGCCUUUUCUCAGAUGUGGAUUACCUUCUACUACGGAGGAAAGAUGAUGGACAGCACCCUCACCACUCACAUCGACGGCUGCCGUAUCUCUCCAUUUCAUCCGCCUGUCGCCAACGAGCUCCUGUACGGGUCGGACAGCCUGCAGAAUGUGAAGUUCCCCCCCACGGAAAUCAUCGAGAACGAGCGCCAGCGCCAUGUCACCAGGAAGCUCUUCGGGCACCUGGAGCGGGGGGUGCUGGUGCGCAGUAACCGUGAGGGCAUCUUCAUCAAGAGGCUGUGCCAGAGCAGGGUGUUCUGGAGCGGCCUGUGCGCUCCCUACAGUGACAGCCCCAACAAGCUGGAGAGAGACGCCGUGGUCAAGAUCUUCGACACCAGCAGGUUUCUGACAGCUUUGCAGCUGUACCAGGAAGAUCGGUGUCCAGCUCCUGAUCCCACAGUAACCCUGUGCUUCGGAGAGGAAUUCCCUGACGCUCACCGUAUGAGAUACCAAAAGCUACUCAUUGUGCAGAUCACACAGAUGAACUGCCAGCAGCUCUUGGAUGCAGUGAAUGCACGGAGGCAUAGCUACAGCAGUGGGAACCUGGAGAUUUCUGAUGAAAACCAGAACGACCAAAUGGCACGUAUCUUUCAAGACCUCUGUAGUUACAGUGGACCACCCAGACAAAGCUUUCGUGAAAUUCAGCAGAUUACCGUAUAAAAUGGGAGCAUGUGGGGGUCUCAGUUUAACCUGCUUUAAUCUACUAAUCCAAAAAUAGGUACAUCUUCAGAGAUUAGCUUUUAGUUGAAUUUCUGGAGUUUACUGUUUACCCAGUAGAAAUUAGAUAGGUUUAACUAUCUGUUCUGUCGAAUAACAUGCACAUACCAAAUCCAAUUGUUAAAGUUAGGUUUCCAAAAUACUCAAUAUAAAAACAAUGUACCUUAAUUAGAAUCGAUUGAAAUGUUUUUUAUUUUUUUAUUUUUUUAAUGUUUUUCACGACAGGACCAUAUGUAAUAUAGUGUAAAUAAAAAUGUAUUUUGUUAUAUUUUUAGUUUUAUAUUUUAAGGUUCAUGCUUUGUAAAUGUGACUAUUUUGUAGCUGUAAAACAAAAAAUAAAUACAUUUCUAAAACACACUUUUUAUGCAAAAAACUUAAAACAGGUCUCCACAUAACACACAAACGAAUAGCUAGCAAAACCACAUCUCAAUAACUUUGUAUUUAGACAUUGGGGUGGAGGAAAUAUCUUUAAAAAAAAAAAAGUACAACAUAAUUGCAGAAGCCAGUACUUUUCUUCAUCUAUUCCAAGAUUAAAAAUAUCCCGGUGAAGAUAAAAAUGCAGGGUAGGUAGAAACACAUGAAGGUUAGUACUUUUGACACCCUGUUGGUAGGAUAAAAUUGAGCACACAACAUUCUGAUUUAAGUCUGCUGAAUGAAACCAGUUUAACUGGAACACUACAAUUGACCCUUUUUAUCCAUUAACCAAACAAAAACAUUUUAAUAAAUCAGCAGUACAAGGAAACAUUUGUCUGAUCUCCUUCCUGUUUUUACUAGAUUUAUUAUUAGAUGAUUUGCAUUAAAAGAAAGAAACGCAAUUGCUAGAUGAGUUGGUGUGAGUCCUGUGGAAAAUUAUUAAUUAAAAGCUAUGAUAAGCAGUCAUGAUCAUUUCAGAGAAAUACUCCUACUGCCAAUAGCCACAAACUGUAUUCAAAUGAAAUGGAAACAGCAGUUAUGGGUUGACGUAUUAAGAUGGGCCAGUCGCAGUGCAAACAUACCGCAGUUCGCAAAGUGCACAUUUUGUUGUAUGUACUAAGAAAACAUAUAUUAAUGAGGAGAGCCGCAUUAUAUUAAUUUAAAUAUGCGUUGCAUCUUCUUAGUGAGAUCUCUAGCAUUAUACACUGCGAGAGUCUUGCGACAUUGUUCAUAUAAAUAGCGGGAGUUGAGUUGUGGUUUGCUGCAACAGAGGGUGCCCGAAGGAUAACAAGAAUCAAAAUAACAUUGUUUUUGUUAAAUGUAAACGUCAUCUGUAC